AUGGCGAAUAGUGCAGCUAUGGACUCUAUAAGACACUUGCCUGCAGUUUACGUGUCUAGUUAUUAUUUUCCGGAUCUGGGAAAGUUUGUGAGACAAGCACUGCCUGAGGCUAAUGUCGUCGAGUUAAAAGCCUCAAAGCAAGAUGUAGGAUUAGUCAUCGAUACUGAAGACAUGCGGGCACACGGGAAUGAAGUGGAGGUUUUGUUCUGCGACACGGGAUUGGUAAAGGGAGGACUUGACGCCUUCCCCGCCCUUCGCUGGCUUCAGGCAAAAAGUGCAGGUGUUAACUUGAUAACGAAGCAAUACUGCCGAGAAAAGCGUCCAAGCUUCCGGUUGACCCGAAUCCCGUGUACCGGAGAUCUCGUCUCCGAAUACAUGAUUACCUACAUUCUAGCCAAUGAGAAGAGAGUGUUCCCAAUGUAUGAGGCGCAGAGAGAUCGUCAAUGGAAACAGUAA